UCGAAGUUUUUAAUUUAAUAUUGUAAUCUAAAUACGUAUUCUUUUAAAAAUAAAUUAUAUGAUAGCUUCCAGAGGGGUAGUAAGUAGUUAGCAUUACUGAGAGAAAUGCGUUAUUUAUGUUUUGAGAAGUGUGGUGUGAAAUAGUGCCUUUAACUACAAGUAGUUGAAUAACCGUGUAAAGAAUUGUUAGAUCAGGAAUUGUCCGAGUUGCUUCGUGGCACUUUGUUUCUAUUCCCUGGAUGCACCAGUCUAACAUGUUAGCUUUGUCAUGGUGUCCCACGUGGACGACUGGCCCGUGUCAAGUGAUGAUCAUUGUCCGCUGUCAUAGGGUCAUGACUGCGGCGCAAAACAACAAAAACAGGUGCGAUAAAUCACAUAUUACCUGUAUCUUACCUGUCGGCAUGUGUUUCAGCUAUUGAUGUCGGCUAGGCAGGUAGAGCCAGUGAAUGACUAUAACGUUUGUCUGUUGUAAUGUUACACAAAGAGAAAGCUGGCACUGUGGACGUUUGUACGGUGUAUUGACUGCAUGCCAUUCAAUCGACGUAUUCAGCCAGUAGAGGUAACCCAGGCGCAGAGAGGGAUCCCUCAAACGUUUUACUGCCUGGAAGAUACGAAGAGGCACGGCGAUCAUUUCUAGUUUGUCAGCUGCUGCGAGUGAAAACGAUUUUCAGAUAUCGCCGUUUCGGCUAUCCUCCACGCCGCUUAAACACCCGAAAAGAGCUGUAGUAGUGAGCACGUGUCUACAGGGGUGACAUGAAUUAGGCAGCCACCGAGGGAUGAGCGGCUACACGUACACGCCAAACGUGACUGGGCGCCCACCGAUAGAGGGCGUUUGUUUCGGUUGUCAAAAUGACGGAGGGGGUAAAAUGUGGACGGUGGUGGCCCACACCCAACAUGGAGCAAUCGGGGGGAAGGCCAAUAGGUCGGGACACUGCUGGUUUUCGCUCAACGGUCGGGAACACAGGACCAACGACUUCUCCUGGCUGACGGCGCCGGAGGGUCGGAUCGUGCCAGUGCGGAACCGUGGCAUCGGGCCACCUAGGAGAGCCGUCGUGCUGGGGAGGCAGGGGUAUGAUGCUGCCGUUCACUACGCCGCUGUUGCAAACUCCGACUUCGGACUGAUUCCGGGACGGGCUAAUGGAAACACGUGUUGGUUUGGACAUGGCGGGAAAGAGUAUGUGACCCCGGACUUUCUAUGGCUGGCUGUGUUCGUGUGACAUGUUCUUUGUCCGAAAACGGAACGUGUUACUAAAACUGGAUUUUAUUCGUUUAAAUAUGAAAAACGCAUUUCAUGAGUGGGAAAGGAUUUUCGGUAUGCCAAAAUUUGUGUACACAUAUGUAAAUAAAAAAUAGCAUACGGUAUGAAGACAGAA